UUCUCAGUUGACUGAUUAGGGCAAUAAUUAACAAAUGAGGGGCAUACUGUAAGUCUAUGGCAAAGGCACUGCAACUGAUAUGACUUCAUCCAGGUGUAGUGGAUUAGAAUCCUGGACUGCACCUUUGCUGAGUUACCAACUUUCAACGCUUACUUGGCACAAAUUACACAAAGAAUGUGUUUAAUUCAGGAGGAGACCGAGGUGAAACGUACAUGGCAUGGAAUGCACUGAAGGCACUGGAAUGUCCUUUUUUUCUUUUUCUUUUUUUUUAACUUUACACCAGAGGGAAGAUAAACUUCAGCAGAUCAUGACUCACUGUUCAACAGCACAAGUAGGCAUGUCGGUACCAGGCUCUGGGCUCAACCCACUCACAACCAGCCAGCCUGCGGCUGUCUGUUGAGUUCAGCAUGGAUCAGAUGGAGGACUACUCUCUAAGACGAGGAGUUUUCUGGACAGUGCUUCUGAUUUUAUUCAACUCGACACCAUCAAACCAGGAGUGCACUGUGGGGAAGCCCAUCGUCGACCCUCCCAGUCUGGUGGUGAAGUAUGGAGACCCAGCCUCCGCGACCUGCAGCACCCCUUUCCACGUGGACGUCAUGGGCUGGAAUGCAUCUGUGGGUGCUGCAACGGAGAACACACAGCUGCUGGUCUGGACCGUGCCCAGCGUGACUGACUGGUCCCUGGGCCGCGGCAUAACAUGCGUCACCAGUUCAGAGGAACACGGACGAUGCCAGACCCAUCUCCCCAUCACCAUUUACAAAAUCCCUGCCCGUGUGACCCUUGAGUUGCUAUACCCCCCUGUGCCACUGAUUGGAGGGAGGGUCUACACCUUCUACUGUACGGUCCACAGCGUGGCUCCGCACGCUAACGUCACCGUGAGGUGGACCGAAGGAGACCGAGCGUGGACGAACACGGAAGUCGUUUCGAAGGAGGGUGACGAGCUCGCCACGGUGAAGUAUCGCCAACGUAUCAGAGCCUCCAGAGAGACCCACGGAGUCUCCUACAGCUGUGCUGCUCAUCUGGACUUGAACACGGCCGAGCCUGUUCCUGACACCAGAUCCAACACCAUCCAGCUGGAAGUAUUGUAUAAACCCAUAGUGGUUAACGCCAGUGAGGAUGUGUCCCUCAAACCAGACGGCAGACUGGACCUGAUCUGUGAGGGCGAAAGCAACCCAAGCCCUUCGUAUCUAUGGAAACACAACGGGGCAGUUUUGGCCCAUGCGAACAAAACAACUCUCUCGAUCGAGUCCGUCAGCGGGAGCCACGCUGGAGUUUAUGAGUGCGUCAUCUCUAACAGAGAAGGAGACGUUACUGUCAGCAUUAAAGUCGAUGUUGAAGUGCCAUCAGUGCCUCCUUCGCCCGUCGUCGGAGUCUCGGCAGCGAUAGCUGCACUGGUCUUGGUGGGCGCUGGGAUUGGCGGGUACUGGCUCCACCGCAGGAGGACUAAGACAGACUGCUACCAGUUGAGGUAGCGCAGAGCCAGAAGACCAAGACAGACUGCUACCAGUUGAGGUAGCCUACUGUAGCGCAGAGCCAGAAGACCAAGACAGACUGCUACCAGUUGAGGUAGCGCAGAGCCAGAAGACCAAGACAGACUGCUACCAGCUGAGGUAGUGCAGAGACAGAGACAAAGCUGUAGUCAACAGCACUGCAAGGGACAGGCGCUGUGGCUCAUCGUCAGGAGACAGAGAAAGACUACAGACCUGGCUUUGAAUACCAGAGAAAAGAACUGGGUUUUGUUUUUGUUUGUUUGUUUGUUUGUUUGUUCAUAUUUUGUCACCUUGAGCUUUUUGUUGUUGUUGUUGUUGUUGUUGUUGUUGUUGUUUUUUACCAAGACAGUACCAUUAUCUGAUGAAAUCUUGUGAUGGGUUGGUGCAAGGGUGAUGGGAUGGAAAGGAUGUUUAGCAGCAAGGAGGAGGAAGAGAAAGGGGCAUGAUGAAGAGCAAAGGAGAGAGUGAGCGAGAGAGAGAGAGAGAGAGAGAGAGAGAGAGAGAGAGAGAGAGAGAGAGAGAGAGACCCAAUCCCUCAUUUAUAGCCUGUAGACAAAUAAAGAACAAAAUGGCCAUUGGUAUGUUGCAUCAACUGUGGCACUGACACAUAUGGAUGGCAUGCCAAGUCUCACUUUUCCUGCAAGAACAUCCAAAUCUGUUAACAAAUAUUUCUGCUAUAUCCAAGCUGACCAUUACAAUUUAAACUACUUUUUUGCCCUUCAAAUCAAAUCAAAUGUUAUACAAUUAUGCAAGGUAUGUAGUGAAAUAUGAAGUGUAUAGCCACAGAACAGCCAUCAAGAAAAGCACAGCGAUUCAAUAUGCAAUAUAUGUCCACAUUCGGUUAAUAUGUAGGCUAUUCACUUACAAUUGGCAGAGCAGCCAGAUGUACAAAAAGGUCACAGUGCACAUAGUAGUCAACAUAUCACAACAUUAUCACAGUUGCUAUCCCUACUCCAUAUCCUGAAUAGAAUCAAAAUCCAACUUCCUCGCUAUAAGAGAGAAGGCAAAUGCAGCACGCUUUCUGUGUUUGUUUGUUAGAGUCAUUGUGCUUUCCUUGAUGGCUAUUCUAUUUAUUGAGAAUAAACAAAUAUUUGUU